UUUCCAUUUAUAUUAUCUAUAAUAUGAACAACUGAUUUCAAGGAUUCUUCAAACUUAGCUUUUAGACUUUAACCAAUCCUUUAGUUACUAUAUCAAGCAAACAAACAACAAGAGUUGGUGCUUUAACCAUCAGUCCUUUACUUACAAUACAAUGAUAUCCAAAAUUUGAAAACCAAGCAAGUGAGUCUAAUGUUGGUGCAUGUUUUAAUGUUUUAAAUUUGAUGAUUGGAGGAAGGAGGAAUGAUGCAUGCUCCAGAAUACCAUAUAGUCAAAUGUCCAAACAAUUGAAAAUUAAACUUGAACUCUUUUGCACAAUAUUUUGAUCUCUAGAGGGUAAAUUGAAGAGUAAUGAAAAUCAAGCUUAAAUAAAAAAAAAAUAGUCAUUAAGCAUUGUAAAAGAGUUUCUUCCUCUCAAAAUUUAAUUAGUUGGUUACAUUGUCUUCGCAAAAAGGUCCUUAAAAAUUUAUUAUCUGGCCAAGUUACUUUCAAUAUUUUCUUUAUUAUUUGAAGACUGAUUUAUGGAGACAAGUUUCCUUCUGCGCAUACUCAACACCCUAUUUUUGGUUUUGAAUUCGUUUUAUUCUUUUGAAGUUGAAAUUGGCUCCAGGGUUUCGCAUCAGUUAGGCUGUUUGAAAAAUUCCAUCAUGCGAUAAAUUGGUUUGGCAUUUCUGGUUCGUUUUGAUGUCAACAUUUAGCAUCCUUGAGCCGAGCAUCAUCCAGUGAUGUUAAAGUGAAUCAGUCUUGGGGGUAGCCUUCUAUCUAGGAAGUUAAAGAAUUUUGUAUGGCGCCAUGGCUACUAAAGAAAACUCAGCAAGACAUAGAGAUCACUAGUGUCCAAAGAGAGUGGAGGAUAAGUCUAUAAUUUUCUUCCAUAUGGUUGGAUAUGGCCUAAGCAUUGUUGAAUAAAAACAUGGUUUUCAAAAUCGAUACAACUUCAAAACUAUGGUUGGAUAAGUCUUGUUGAAUAAAAUGCUAUCCACAUUUUAGAGGACUUGCUCUAUUUUCCAUACUACAUCUUGUUUUGAGUUUAGGAGUUGAGCCGAACCCAAACCCAAAGUUUUGUUUGGAUUUCAUCAGACAUGCCGAAGAAAGGAGGAGCUUCCUCGCGAAAGGAUGCUCCAUGGAGGGCCUCUGCUGCAAAAUCCAUCCCCAGAAUCCACCACUCCCCUCUUCUGCGUCUUCCCAUAACCCCUCUUUCCAAUUACGCCCUCGCCGUCAUGAACCACUCUGACCCUGUCGGAACUGGCUUAGCCACUGACGCUAUUGUCGAAGCCGCCCGACCCGGAUGCAUUGUUCCUGGCCACAUUACUCCUAGUAGAUUGCUUGGUCUUAAGGUGUGGCCAAUUGAAGUUAACAUGAAAUUUUUGGAACCAGUUGGUAAAGAACUAAAGUUUAGAAAACGUUUUGGGGUGUUGAGAUAAAGUAGUUUGUGAUGAAGCAAAUACCUAUUGUUUCGUGUUUAGAAAACGUUGUAUGUGGCCUAGAGGCCUUACGUGUUUUGAUAGGGUGGGUCAGGGGCCCAUAUUUUUUUGGAAGAAAUGGACAUGGUUUUGUUAUAUGCGUGGCUUAGAUCGUUUUUGCUUUUCUUUUACUCUUUUUAUUGUGAGUUCUCUCCCUACUGGAAAUAACCAAAAAGAGCCUUUUGAAAUAUGGUCUGGUUUCCAUACUUAUUGUUUGGUGAAGUAAUUUAUUUGAGCCCCAGCUCUUGUUACUAUUACAAAAGUGCUUGCCGAUGUAAAAUCUGUGAAUCAUAACAACUUUUGAUUCGUA